CUAAAAUAACAAUAUCCAGUCUGCGAUGUCUUUAGCAUAUACCCGUAUGUUCUAUACUUCUAUAUCUUCAAAAUAGUUUUCUCAUCUUUUGAACCCUUUUUGAUACAAGUCAAAGGUUAUAAGCUUAACUAAAACCAUUGAGCGAUUCGACUGACCUAAAUUUGAUACUAAGUCACUGACUUGCCAACCCGACAAGUGAAGUGUAACAUUUAUAAGAUAAGUUGAGAUAUUCAACGGGGAAGGUUACUUUGUGAAAAUACUAGAGAAUUAUAGUGUCAUUCUAUCUGCUGUUUUAAUUAUUCAAUUUCAUGGGAAGAGCUCUAAGUUGAUAUUUAAUACCGUGUGGAAUGAAAGAAAUAAUGUAGAAUCUAUUGAUUCUGCUCAGAGCAAACGUGACAAUGUCGAUGCAAGAGCAACGGGAAUUACUGUGAAAUAUCUUCAUAUACGGAUGUAUGGCAUAUGAUUAGUGCAUAUCAACAGCAUAUUGAACAAAAAAAACCACAUAAAUUCCUGCAGAGUAAAGUUUGGGACAGAUAUUUUUAAAAGGAAUAACACAAGCAUGAAAGUGUUAGCAAUUGAGCGCGUGCUUUCGUGACGCAAUGUUAACGUGUACGUAUCCGAAAGUUUACGUUAACGGCACGGUUACUGGGGAGACGGUGCAUGCGUUGUGCGACUUUAGUUGCUGUAAGACCGGAUGUUGCGCUGAGGACUGGUAUCAGCCCAAAGAGCUGUCCUUGGGCGAAUGGGUUGCCCUUGGAAUCGGUGUCUGCAUGCUGAUUCUUCUCCCAAGCAUCGUUGUCGUCCUUGUCUGUCUUGUACGGAGGCGGCGACGAGGGAUAGACGCCGGAGUUCUGGUCAAGACAGAGCCAAUUGAGGAACCGCCGACGACAUGCACCUACAUCGACGAACGGAUUUCUUCUGAAACUGACCUUGACAUGUGACACACCCACAUCCGGUCUAUCUUGAACAAAGAAAUCCAUGAAUUAAAUACUGACAUCUAACACCUGACUUUGAGAACUCCAACUAAUAAUGGCGCUUAAACGUCACGUGCUUUGAAACAUAUCACAUGUUCGCAAUACACUGCUAAUAAAGCAUGCGUUAAAUCCUAUUGUGUACUUACAUUUUAAUUAUUACCAUGUUCUGUGAGUGUAACAAGUAAA